GUCAUCUCCAUCGAAAAAAUGUCCAAACGCACCGUGAAGAUGGGCGUGAUGGGCCGCUACGGGGCUCGUUACGGCGCCAACCCCCGUAAACGCGCCAAGAAGCUUGAGGUCUCGCAGCACGCCAAGCACUUCUGCUCUUUCUGUGGCAAAUUCGGCUUUCGCCGAAAGGCCGUUGGCAUCUGGCGCUGUGAGGGUUGUGGAAAGACGAUGGUCGGUGGUGCUUAUACCCUGAGCACUCCCAACAACAGUACGGUCCGAUCCACCGUGCGCCGCCUGCGCGAGCUUGGGAAAAACUAAAAGGACUCAGUUACGCCCCUUUUCCAUUUUUCGAAUGCUACUGAUAGUCUGAUUAACACACGUUGCCGAUAUGACGCAGGAGAUGCUGUAAAUGUACUUUUGUUAUUAUUUCCUUUGAAAUAACUUUUGAUGAA